AUCCCCAAACCAAAGUAAAGAAAAUAUAGAUUUACGAAACUCCAUUCAUCAGGUGUUUGAUACUAUAAUGUGUUUUCUUAUGCCUCGCCCAGGAGAUGAAAUUGUUGAGGGUGAGAGCAGUGGGAAAUUUAAAGACAUUGGUAACAGAUUUCAAGUGCAGAUGAAGGAAUUGGUGCAGCUUCUGUUUUUAGCAGAUGUGCCCGAACUCAAAAGAAUUGAUGGAAAAGACAUUACAUGUGAAAGCCUAUUCCAUUAUGUUAAGAGGUACAUUAAGGAUAUCACUGAAGGAAACAUGUUUGAAAUCACAUGCAUAGCUGAGGCUAAUGCUAUAGCACAUGCAAGAAAAUCUCUUUUGGAUGUGAUACGUAAUUUUGAAAAAGAAAUUGAUGAGUUGUGUAAAAUCUACCAAGACCACAUUGAUGACAUUUUUGAGGAAAAGAAAAAGCAAGCAGUGGAGGACUUCAAGCAAAAAUGUGGCUUCAAUCGCACUGUGAAGUAUGAAGAAUUAGAAAAAACAUUAAUAGAAGAUAUCAAAAGUAAAAUGAUGAAAUACAUUGCGGCAAACAAUUUGAUGGAAGCAACCGCAAGAACUGAAAAUCAAAAACAAUUUGAAGAAGCACUGACAACGUUUGAUACUAGAAUGAACGAGAAAUGCUUGUCAUACACGGAAACAAGUGCAUUAAAGAGUGGAUUCGAGGAACAAAAGAGCAUAGCUAUAGAAACAUUCGAGAAGAAAGGGAAGCAAGUUGGCCCAUCUUAUUCAAGACGCAUCGAACAAUUGGAAGAUGAUAUUCCCGAGAAAUACUCGGUUUUUGAAUCUAAAAUUAGUGAUUUCAAGAAUGAAGCAUAUAGGUUAGCAUCUAAGACGUACCGAUAUUUGAUGGACCAGAUAUAUGAAGAGUACCAGAAACCGGAGGAUCUUAUGAAAAACCACAUGAAAGCAAGACAAAAAGCAUUAGAGGAAUACAGCAGAAACGCAGAUGAAAUGACAGAAAAGGAGGCACGAAAUUUUGAAGAAGAAAUGAAGUUGAAGAGAAUGGAAUGCAACAAAUUAAAUGAACAGAGAAAUGAAAACGCUGAAAGCAAAAACAAUGCAGCGUUUGAUUUUGCAUUAGUGGUAUACAGAAAUAAAUUGGAAAAGGAUUAUUUAAAUAUUGGAUUUGAGGAUCUGCAUAUGCGCGCAAAAAGAGAUGCAACGAUCAAGUAUUUUGAAAAUGCAGAAGUAGGGUUCCCGUCAUUUACGACAAACCGCGAAGAGUUACGAAAAGCAAUUGAAUACAUCAUGGAAGAAUAUAAAAGUAAAAGAAAUUUUUGGAAGGGAGCAAAGCAUUUCAUAAGGAGGGCAGUAUUUGCUAUCCCCAAUAGAUUGUUAAAAUCCAUUGCCCUUUAGUUACCAUUUGUUUGUAUCAUGCGUGAAGGUUUAGUCUAUAAGCACAUACAUGCAUAUUGUUUGUAUACAUAAAUUUCUUCUAAUUUGAUUUUGUUUAAAUGUCAUUGUUUUGUUUAUAGUCUUACAGACAAUUCGUCUUCUAGUAUAGAUCUUAGUUAAUGGUAAUGUUUUUCUAUAUUUAUUUAUUUAGAUAUUGAGGUUAUAACACAAAUUCUAUUAUAAUUCUUAUUUACCAAUAAUUGAAGUUAAUGUUGAUGAUUUGAAUCAUUCUUAUUAUACAUUAUGCAGCACAAAAAAUGUAUAAUGUUCGGUUACUUUCGUCUAUUAACUUCCGAAAUGGUUAAUGGUUAAUUAUUUCUAGAGAAGACAUAUAUUUCUUAGUUGGGGUUUUUGGAAACCAACAUGCCCUGACGAACUUUACUGCUAUAAAAGUGUAAGUCCAAAUAAUUAAUUUUAUGAUGAUUGUUACAUUAUAUGAUAUAUAGAUCAAAUCGAGUCUAUACUCUCAGAAGCUAUAAGAAUUUAUAUUACGGUUAAUGUUACAGCCAUUAUAUUAUUGUACUUUUCAAUAUCCAUGCCCUGUGUAAUUCAAGGUAAAAUAAGCUAAUUUAAUCUCUCUGAUAAUCUAUGCAAACAACUUUAAUUGCGUUGUCCCCUUUUUAAAAGAACUAGUGAAAUCAGUGCUAUGUCACUUUUUAUGUUAUAUGUGGAAGAAACAUGAUGGUUAUUUAAACUAUUACAAAUUUAUAAACAUUCCAACAAACAAAUAAUCAACUCUAUAGGUAAAACCAUAGCAACGUAUAAUACCUGGAAGUUUCACUUGUUGCAUCAACAAGGCUUCAAUAUCAAUACAAUCAUUACCAAUUAACGUAUAGAAUUCAUGAUCUUGUAUAUAUAGAAAUCAUUGGUUUUUUUCAAUGCUUAUAUUGUUAUUGUAAUCGUUGUAUAUUUACACUGGUGUAUAAGUUGAACGGAAAUACAGAUAAUAUUAUAGAUGGUAGUAUUGCAAUGUAGGCCAUGUUUAAAAUAGUAUUUGCUCUAAUGUUAACUAUA